CACUGUUGACAGGUGAGGUGGGCGGCUACGCGGGGCGUAAGGCGGUGGCGGCAAGAGGCCUGAGGGGAGGAGACGCGGCGGAGAUGCUGGAGACUCUGCGCGAGCGGCUGCUGAGCGUGCAGCAGGAUUUCACCUCCGGGUUGAAGACUUUAAGUGACAAAUCAAGAGAAGCUAAAGUAAAAAGCAAACCCAGGACUGUUCCAUGUUUGCCCAAGUUCUCUGCUGGACUGGAACUGCUUAGCAGGUAUGAAGAUACUUGGGCUGCACUUCACAGAAGAGCCAAGGAAUGUGCAGAUGCUGGAGAGCUGGUGGACACUGAGGUGGUUGUACUUUCCGCUCACUGGGAGAAAAAGAAGACCAGCCUAACAGAGUUACAGGAACAGCUCCAGCAACUUCCAGGCUUGGUAGCAGAUUUAGAGUCCAUUACAGCCAAUCUGACUCAUUUAGAGGCGAGUUUUGAGGAGGUAGAAAACCACCUGUUGCAUCUUGAAGAUCUAUGUGGACAGUGCGAGUUAGAACGCUACAAGCACAUGCAGUCCCAGCAGCUGGAAGAUUACAAGAAAACUAAGAGGAAGGAACUUGAAGCCUUCAAAGCUGGACUCGAUGCCGCACACACCCAGAAGGCCCUGGAAAUGGAACACACGCAGCAAGUGAAGCUCAAGGAGCGGCAGAAGUUCUUUGAGGAGGCCUUCCAGCAGGACAUGGAGCAGUACCUUUCCACAGGCUACCUGCAGAUAGCCGAGCGGAGAGAGCCCAUGGGCAGCAUGUCAUCCAUGGAGGUGAACGUGGACAUGUUGGAGCAGAUGGACUUAAUGGACAUCGCUGACCAGGAGGCCCUGGACGUCUUCCUGAGCUCUGGUGGAGAAGAGAGCACCGUGCUGUCCCCCACGUUAGGACCAGAAUCCAAUCGAAUCCAAUCCAGUUCGAAUGAAAUUACUCUUCAGGUUCCAAACCCCUCAGAAUUCCGAGCCAGGCUGCCUUCACUGUCCUCCCCCUGCUCUGAACCGGACCCCCGGGACCCCAGUGAAGGUGGGGAGUCGCCCCUGGUGCAGUCCGACGAGGAGGAGGUCCAGGUGGACACGGCCCUGGCCGCCUUCAGCAGCGUGGCACAGGCCCCCUCAGAUGUCACUGAUGACAGUGAUUCCUAA